AGCGAUAUAGCUGUAAGAAAGAGACUCCAAUGCAUUAAAUAUGAAAAGGAACAUGCUGCAAAAGGAUCUAUGGUCUCAUACACCUCAUGAUGUAUUUUCUGCUUUAUAUGAUGGUCAAACAGGAAAAGACAUGUCUAGUUUGGCAUUUGACGAUACAAGAAUAUCAAGUUAUUGCUUCAAAAGUAGCAAUAUCACGUCCAACAGUGAAGUUUGCAAGGAUGAUCUCACCCUGAAUGGAAGCUUGUCUAUAGCUGAUAGUAAUUCCUAUGCUUACCAGCUAAAUCACAUUCCCCCAACCGAUGAUCUUAACUUUUUCAACAGUUGCGCGGAUAAAGAAUCAAGUGAUCUUUUAUAUAAUGACUGGCCUGAUGUAGGGAACUUUGAAGAAGUGGGCAGGAUGUUAAGAAGCUGCAGUUCAUCAUUUGGACUAGGUGUUACAGGCAACAACGACGAAAUGGACUGGUUUACACAGGAAGAUUCAACUGUGGGAUGUGAAGAAGUACUGAAAAUGGAUUUUAAGUUUCCAUGUUCCGAGACAAGUGCUUUAAUAAAUAUAUCACAGGAUCAUGGAACUCCAGAAUCAGAUGAUAAGAGGUUCGGAUACAAAUUUGAAAACAAAGAUGAGAUUCAACUCAAAGAUCAGGGAGUCAAGUCCAAAGGUGUACUUCAGUUAACAAAUGGAAGGGGAGCCCACUUCAAAAAGGAUAACAGAAUGAUUAAUUUGCAGAAGAAGCAGCCAAAGUACCAUCAUACUGAAGGAAAGAAAGAAGGCCAAUGCUUAGGACAUGAUGGUUCGUCUUGUUACGUCUGUGACUUGAAAAACAACAACGUUCCAAUUUCUUCUGUUGAUGAGUCUUAUCGAGUUUUCGCCACCGUAGGUUACCAGCAUCAAGAGAGAAACUUAGAGCUUAAGUCUUCAGGAUACAUGCAGAACAAUACUUAUCUACAUCCAAGUUAUGGUCAUAUUACCAAUCAAACUACAGCUUGUCCAGUGCCGACUGGUAUGAAAUCUGAAUGUAAUGGUCUUACAUCUCCUUCCCAAAAGGAAUCUUCCUAUGUGUCGAACCAGGUUCAUUCAAUGGAGACUUCUGGUGAUCCUUCACUGCAGGAGACUAUUGUUAAAGUUGAUGACGGAAGAAAUUUACAUCAGCUGCAACGAUAUCAGACCUCAUUUACUGGUAGUCCAAGACAAAUGGGUAUGAUGCUGCAGUCUUCAAAAUGUGAUUUGAUUUCAGCCCAAAAGCAAGUCUACAUGUCUGCAACGGAACUCAAAAAUCGAAGUGAUCUAGAAGGAUUUCGGCAUGGAGCUUCAGCAGAAAUAGGUUUGUUAAAUGUACCAGAGAGCUCUUCCCUUAGUUCUGGGUCGGAUGAUAUUUCACUAGAAGCUACUAUUUUGCUCCAGCUUCAACAGGUUAUGGAACAUUUGGAUUUGAAGACGAAGUCAUGCAUAAAGGAUAGUCUGUACCGUUUGGCUAGAAGUGCUGAACAACGGCAUAACCGUGCAGGUUUAAGUAGUAGCACUGCAGAUUAUGCAGAUAUUGGCCGGCCUGUAGUGACUGCAGGAACUAGCAAGUGCACGGGAUUUUUGGAUAUCGAAAGUAAUACAAAUCCUAUAGAUCGGUCAUUAGCGCAUUUAUUGUUUCAUAGGCCUUCAGACUCAUCCACCUUGCCUGCUUCUUCACCUCUGAAGCCAAGCCCAAAGAUGCAUGGGUUUAUCACAAGUCCGCCGGCGGUAAAUGUUAAACUAGAUUGUCAUGAGGAAGCAGCAAAUACAUGCAACUGA